CUGGUUUGGACCUUGCCUGUAGUUAUAGGCAUUAAAAUGCUUAUCAUGCUCUUCCGGUCCAGCUCUUGCGAUCCACGGGCCAUGUCUUCAGCACUUCGCUCCGCCUCGUCUCCGUCUCGUACUGGACCGGAGCUUACAACCACUGCCGAGCAAGUGGUUUCUUCUCGUCCCAUGCUUCCUUUGUGUGCAUCCAACUCAUGACGCCGCGUGCAGGGCAUGGCCCGUCCACAUCGGACCAACUCCCCCAAGGAGAUGAACAGGCCACGGAGGGCCAGUCGAGUGAGCUCGCAAGUGGAAUAAGGCGAGAGACCACCAGGAGCACCGACACCGGGAAGACCGACAGAAGAGGCAGCGCCAACCGAGGAUGCCAAGGUGAACAGGUCGACGGGUCGAAGCUGAGCUGGCUGAAAGGGGCUCCGGACAAACUGGGCCUUGAUGCGGCCACUGUCACAGCCAUGCUCAGGGGCUCCCUGCCUCCGACGAUAGGCAUCGCCAUGCUGCAGUCACGGCGCGUCGCGGCCUACUUCUCCACGCUGGGCUACCUCAUUCCCAUCAUCAGCGUGAUUGCCAUGGCCGUCAUGCCCAGAGGCAAGUUCAUGAUGAAUCUCAUGCUCAACGCCCUGGCCGUGUGCGUCGGCUCGGCGGUGUCGAUGCUGGCGCUCUGGUCCGCCGUCCGAGCUCGCCAGAACACCGCCGGCCCAGCCUCUUCGCCCGCCGCCGCUCUCGCUUACAACUCGAGCCAGUCGGCCGUCUGCGCCGUCUGGCUGUUUGCCAACAUCUGGUUCGGCAACGUUGUCCGCGCCAAACUGCCCGCCUUCAACCUCCCCGCCAUCACCUACAGCAUCCUCGUCAACGUGUCGGCGACUUUUGGCUCCCGCAUGCCGACCACUGCCGCUGCCCAGAGCUUCGUCAAGCAGCUUAUGACAGCCAUGCUGACGGCCCUCGCCUUGGCCAUGGGUGUGAAUUUGCUUGUGCUACCCGUCAGCAGCCGGCUGGUCGUGUUCAAGGAACUCGCCGGAGGGGUAGGGUUGCUUAGGAAGCUGUUCGCACUCCAAAAGGCGUAUAUCGUCAGUCUCGAGCCGGACGCCACCUUCGACGCGGCGAUGCAAAACGACGUGUUCCUGGCAAAAUCCGACCGAGACGCCCACCAGCAGGGGAGCGAGCCAAAGCUGACCAAGGAAGCCGAGUCGGCAAAGGCGCUGGAAGACACAGGGGCCAAGAUGAGGGAGCUUGUCGGCAAGAUGCAUGCCGACUUGCCCUUCGCUAAGCGUGACGUCGCAUGGGGCAAGCUCGAUGCCAAACACCUGAGCGAGCUCUACAAGUUGUUUCGCAACGUUUACGUUCCCGUGCUUGGAAUGAACACCAUCCUUGACAUAUUCAGGCGCUUCUCUGCACGUCCCGACUGGGACGGGUUAGACGGCGCGCCUGACGAGAAGGACGUGGAGAAACACGUAUGGAACGAGGUCAUGAAACAAGUCCAGGAGCCCUUCGACAUCCUCGCCGAGGCCGUGGACCAGGGUCUCGAACAUGCAGCCAUACGCCUCGAAUUGAUUCCCAAGACCAAGAAGAAGUCGGGGAAACCAGGGAAACCGGGCCCCGAUCCGCCAGGCGCUGUCGAUCUUGAAGCAGCCGAGGAACUGAAGCCCGGCAAUGCAGGCUUUGCCAAGGUCCUCGACGAGAAGGUCCAGGCCUUCUACUCGAGGAAGGGAGAGCUGCUAAAGAAGUGGGUCCAGGAAAGGGGCUACAACCUCGACGAGGGGCUUGCCGAGCAGUCGUAUUUCAGGAGCGAGCGGGAUCAGGUGCAGCUCUACAUCAUCCUUUACAUGGAGAAGCUCAUGCACGCAGCCGGCGAGGCGGUUCAGGAUCUCGUCGACUUUGCUGACGAGAAGGUGCAAGACGGCACAAUGUCCAAGAAGCGCUUGAUUGUACCCACUCCCCAUCGCUUGCGCAAGUGGUUCAAGGCCGUCUUCAGCAACGAAGACUCGUCAGCCGAAGAGGCACCCGACGUCAUGGAGACCGGCGCCAACCUGGUCUAUUUCGGGACCGAGUACAACCGCAAGAAGGAUCCCGAGCAUCUCCCUCCCGAGACGACUUGGCAGCGCUUUGGCAACGGGCUGAGAAAGAUCACCCGAUUCUUCGGCUCCGAGGAAUCCGCUUUCGGUUUCAGAGUUGCGUGUGCGACCAUGACGAUUGGGAUCGUGGCUUUCCUGGAAGACACUCAGCAUUUCUUCCUGGAACAAAGGCUAGUAUGGGCCAUGAUUAUCAUCACAAUCGGAAUGACCAUGACUUCUGGCCAAUCUCUCUUCGGCCUUCUUUGCAGAAUAGGCGGCACUAUUAUCGCCAUGUGCCUCUCCCUCGGCAUAUGGUACAUCGUUGACGAACAUGUACCUGGCGUCAUCGUCUUUCUGUGGCUCUCAAUCUUCAUCAACUACUACUUCUUCCUCAAGUUCCCACGCUUCCUUCCGGCCGUCAUGAUUGCGAUCGUUACCCAAGUCCUCAUCAUCGGCUACGAGCUCCAGGUGCUCACCAUCGGCAAGGAAGCCUCGGAGCGAUCAGGCCAACCUUUCUACCCGUAUGUGUGUUUCGCACUACCUCAAAGAUCAACAGCGUGACUGAGCAGCGUCGCAGGACAUUUCUGCUGGCACCCUAUCGUGUCGCUUGCGUGGCCGGUGGCAGCUUCGUCGCGUUCAUCUGGACGGUUUUCCCGUCGCCCCUGGCAGAUCGUACUUGGUUACGUCGCGACUUGUCGGCGAC